AUGGGACGACCACGAUGUGUCAGGAGAGCGAUCACGUCGAAAGAAAAACGCUCGCGAGCUUGUUCCCAUCCCUCAUCCACCUCCUCCGACCUGCUCAUCGUAAAUAUAUUAUCCAUGUCGGGCUUCCUCGCUAACGUUUACGUUCUUCACGAUGUGUUCAUGUUCUUCAGCUGCAGAGAUUUGGACAAGCUAAGAGAAACGAGUAGAGUGGCUGAUAAAGUAAUCGACCGAAUGAAGAAUCGACCAAGGAAAAGCAACAGUAAAAGAGUGCUGUACAUCAGCAAUGAUGUAGUCGAAACAUACGAUCCGUUUUGGAGGGUUACGAAGACUGAUCAGGCAGGUAAAUGGUUUUGAACUGAAUCUAAACCAACGAUUAUUCUAUAAAUUUGAUUAAAAAAAUAACCUUAUCCUUAAUUACAGUAGACCAACUACAUUUGUAUUCCAGACCCAAGUGUACCAUUCCCUUUAUGGGCCCUUCGGACAGCUCCAAAGUUAGACAGUUCAGAUGUAAUGGUCCUAGAUGGUAUAGAGCUUUCACCAACACACUCAAAACAAUUAUCCCAUCUUCUAUUUUGUCAUACUGUACCUAA